UCCGUAGGAAAGCGUAGUGCAUAUUCGAGUCACUUGAGCCGUAAGUGGUACCUAGGCCAAGCGCCACGGUCACUUUCUUCUUCGUGGUCUCACGUGACACGUUGUGUGUUGCGACUCUUGAACACGAAACGAAAAAUGAGAUUCUCGUAUCGGUGCAAACAAAACACUCCUCAACGCUCCUGCGAUUACCGGAUUACUUCAGCUGUGGCGUUCCGAGACAUUUUUUGGGGGCCCGGUUUACCAAGCUUCUUUCAGAAUUUUCUAUUAAAUUUUCAUCGAUUUCACGUUUCGGUUGUUGUUUUCAACAUGACUUUUUUUCCAAGCUUUAAACGCACAAGCACACAGAUGUGCUCCAAUUAAAGUUUCUUGUUUGCUAAUUAUACAUGGUUCGUUGAGAUGCUCCAAUUAACAAAACGUCGCUUAAAAUAUUCCGUGCAUGGUCCGAGUUUCGAAUACUGCAAUUGUAGCAACGAAUAUUUCUCUUUUUUGCGUGCAACAACUCGUUAGCGUGCCUUGAGCAAAACUUGAGAUUUCGAAAAAUGGCAUUUCGUAUGUAAAUGUGUAUGUAUCUGGUUGGAAGUGACAACAUUCCGAUGGUACUGGAAUUUAUUGUAUUUUAAAGAAGAUAUCAACGGCAAGACCGAUCCGGCAACUUAACAAUGCUACACAGAAGCGAAAAGCAUGAAUAUUUAAACGCACCAGUAAUGGUCACCUCUCGAUACUUUUGAUCGUUGAAUACUUCAUGUAUCCGAGGUGCAAACCUUUUCCUCGAAUGUCGCAACAGCCAGCCGUAUCGUUUUAAACAUUAAAAGUCGAACGAGCUGUUUUAGACACGCUGGACCGUGUCAUGGUCGAAUUGACGCGAGUUCGAUAAAACGACCGAUGGAUUUUUAUUUAAAAGUUAAACUCGCUUAUGGAAAAAUCAAUCGGACCGUGGCGGAUAUAAAACGAACUGGUUCUGCUUGCCGUGUACCGUCCUUGACACAUUGACGUUUCAUUAAAUCUAGCCGCUUAGAGGAACAGGUCCAUUGUGUCUGUAUCGCUUUGGUAAUUCAUCGUUUGGUCGCCAUUCUCUUCGAUACAAUCGCGACGAGGUCCUUGUUAAAUACUGGCAAAUAUAGUACACGGUCGUUGCUACUUGACCCUCGUUUUCGCAACUACGAUCAUAUCGAAAUCCUUCGAGUCUCAUCGCGGUCUUUGACAUUGAGCAUUGCGCGGACGCUCAUGACACGUCAUCCUUGGUGCACGGCAUAAUAACGUUCUCUCAUUGUCAACGUCAUUCUUUACCAAGAGACUAUUUUUUCAGACGCAAUGGAAGGAAACUGUUUUUUUUUGUUUUGUUUUGUUUUUUUACGAUAACUGUCGGUUUCCAGUGAAAUCGGAAAAAAGAAAAGCUUCCUCGGUAGGAAAAAUGAAAAAUGAAAAUUCGAUAUUUCUUCUCGACGCUUUGGUAAUUUGUGUGUUCCGAGUUAAGAGAUACGUGACGUCAGCGUACGCCUGUGGCUGAGGUGUGCUACUCCCACUACUAGAUGGACAAUCCAAGUGGAGACACGGGUGUACACGUUGUCCUGCCGAGGAAACAGGUGCACAGUGGUGAUCGGGCAGCCAGAGAAGGGGGACGUCACGAGGCCCAUUCAGCGCACGCCACGCAGGACCAUAGGAAGCUCUUGAAACGAACGAGGAGCCUCGCGGUGAUAUCGGAGGACGAAUCUCGACAAGAUCGAGAGGCCCACCACUUCAGACUAGGUCAGUCGACCUACGACCUGCCCCGAAGCCAUCAAUUGAUACCAAGGGCCAAGUUGAUCGAUCGAAAUUCAUUGAAGGACAGACUCUCCAAGAGUCAACAGCACCUUUCAGACUCCUACGAAAGAUUCAACGAAGAGAGAUCCUACCAUUCGCGUUCAGCUUGCGGCCUUGGCCCGAUCCCGUCGGGAUUCGAGCCUUUUACGGAUCCUCUGCCUCAUAUCCGGUGCAAUCGGACCGAUCCCGACCGAUUGAACAUCCUCGAUUGGCCCGAAUCACCGCGAUGUUAUCACAGCGUCCAAGAUCUCGACACCGUUAGCGGUUUGGUCGACAUCGUCGAGGACACUUGGCCCAUCGAAGGCAAUCGAAGCAUCGAUUGCAUCUACACUCAGGUGAAACGCAAGCGCAAGGAACACAGAAGUCUGGACAGCAUUCUUUUCGAAGAUGACGACGAGUUAGAAUACUUUGACGUUCUUAACUUGUUACCUUUGUCGAACGUACGGCUGGAAUUCGACGAGGACGACGCAAGAAGAGAUAACAAUCUCGCCGACAACAAUGGCGUUCGUCCGGAGGUAAACAACAAUUUAAAAUCCAUCGAGUAUCAUAAAUUGAAAUUGCAAACAGGCGACGAACGGAAAUCAUGUGCAACAAGCACGAGAAACAACGCGACCGACGAGGAGAAAUGUAAAAAAAGUACGAGCAAAGAAGGGAACGGUUCGUCGCGCCAAUACAGAAGGGAGACUUUAGAUCGAGACGACGAGCUUGGAGAAAAUUUCCAAAACGAAGAAAGCUCGACGAAUUGCUUUCGGGACGAGUCCAUCGAACGAGGAUCCGCGUCGGCGUCGGCGUCGUCGUCGUCGAGGACCGACGAAGUCGAGUACAGGCCGGGCCUCGUGUUAGCGACUCACCGCGAGAAACGCGUCGACCGACAAAUCGAACAGGCGGAAGAUUACAAAUCGAUUUGGAUUUCGGACACCGAAGAGCAAGAGGACAUGUCGCGUAGGCCGCAGGUACUCAAGGUCGUCGACAACGACGUGACCAAGAGACGGCAUCGGCGCUCCUCGAUGGAAGCCGAUCCGAUAACGAGAGAGUUUAGGAACGAUGGAAAAUUCCGCGACAACGAGAGGAAGCCAAAUGAUGGUUUCAACGUCGCGAAAUUGGACGGGAAAUCUGAAAUGGGAGCCGUCGACGGAGGUUCGAAGAAUACAGAGAAGCUCAGCCAGGAAGAGGACGAGAGGAACGCGAACGCGGAGAAUGCGAAAAAUAAUUUCGAGCGAACGAACGCCACAAAGGAGAACUCGAGAAGUAAACAGAACGAGGGCAGAUUCGAAAGGAUCGUCAAGGGAACAACGAAUAUCCUCGGAAAAGCGUGCAACGCGGUGAAGGGAAGCUUGGGCUUCGAGGCGAGAUCCGAGAGCUCGGAUCUUGGAUUAGGUUCGGAAUCCGGUAGCGACACCAGGAGAAGAUCCGUCGACGACGGUAUCGAAGACGAUCGUCAGAUUUCGACGUGCGCGGAAAAGACGUUGGCUGACAAGGCGAGCGAAAGCAACAAAGAGCACGGUACUUUGACCAGGUCCAGAAGUUGCGCGGAUUCGUUCGAGAGUCGUCGAGACGACGGCCAGGAAUUCGAUCACGUGCGAUACAAGAUAGUCAAGUCCAACAUGUUUGGCAAAAAUAUGUACAACAGUGGUCGAGGUGACGUCACGUACGAAGGUCUGAUGCAGUAUUUAAGGGAGUAUUCCUUCCAAGAAUUACUGUUGGACAACAACGUGGUCAUUAUCGAGCCUGUACGGGCCGAGACGAUAGAACGAAAGUCAGCCGUCUCGGGAAAACCGAGAUCGGAGUCAACGUGCAAGAUAGCUGGGACGAUAGAUAAGAAAGCGGACACGGAGAACGCUGAAAUAAACUGCGAAAACUCGGACAACGACAAUAUUAAAAGCCCGAAACAUUCGACCAUUAGAAAGCAUUUUUUCUACCAUCCCAUCAGGGUGAACCGCGAGCUCAUCGACGAGGAACUGCCCGACCCGGACACGGUAAGAAACGUUAGGCAAAUGUUCGAAAACAGCCUCAAGGUAAAGAAUAGCCAAUCCGUCGACCUCUUGCCAAAUUGUAAACAUCGGAAAAGCGUCAGCAUGAAGGAUUUGACGGUUAUCGACGCGGCCCGGUUUAACGAAAUAUCCGAAAAGAUUCAGGAGGGAUCCAGGUGUUCCAGCAGGGCAAAAAAUCUGACCAAGUUGUUCGAGAACAUGGAGAAGGCUACGUCCUCCAACGCGUCAUUGGCGGGGUACAAAGACGAACUCGAUAGUCCACGCUGCGAGUCGAAAACGAGGAUUCUGGCACAGACGUUCGAAGCGAGAAGCGGGCAUACGUCGCCCAGCGACUCGACUUUCUCCAAGAAUAAGGUGAAUCGUUACAAUCACAAUCACAAUCAUCAUCAUCAUCAUCAUCAUCAUCAUCAUCAUCAUUGGGAUUCGGGAAGCGUCAGUUCGGGAGUAUCUAGCGAUUACCCUGAUACCGAUCCCGGCAGCGGAGGGCAAUGCAUCUCCUCGGAGGACGAGGAGAUCGACUAUCGCGUCGACGAGGGUAACGAGACGACAGAUUCGAGUCACUAUGUAUCACAGGACGUUCUGAAGAAAAUUCGAGAGUGCGGCACCUCGGUUACCUACUACGGCGGCAAGGUGGUCAAUUCUAGCAACGGACCGCUGAUAUCGCCAGUCGUUGAAAACAAGUUCAAGUGCAUCGAAAGCUCCAACGAUUACGUAAAGUUUCGGCUCGUCAAGAGCAAUUCUUGCGAUAGCAGGCUGGAGCUGACCGGCAGACUCGUCGAGAGUCAAUCAAGGUGUCGGAAUCGAGAACAUACAUACGACUUGAGUCGAUACACAAUCGCGGAAACUCCCAGUAUCGAGAUCACCACGAUCGAGAAACAAGAGAAAGAGGAGGAGAUGGCCAAUGGGGACGAUGAGAGAAUUCACCGCACGGAAACGAAGAGAGAGCCGCCAGUGGUGAUCGGUUUGGAGCCGAAAAAGGAGGAUAACACCAAAGGGACAAAGGAUUUUACGGUUGAUUUUAAGUUGGGCACCCUCGACGAGGCAAAAUCGACUUAUCCCAGUCGAUUUAUCGGCAGCGCUUUGACCAGGUGGCAAGUCAACGAAAACAAUUGGAGGACUCCCGACGAUUUCGGCAAGAUGGAGUUUGAGGAGUUCGAGGUACUCGAGGACAGUCUUAACGCAUCGGAUAACCAGCAUUCGGAAUAAUAUAUUAUUACAUACAGGAAACUCUGAUGUAAAGAAAAACAAGUGUACAUAACCAAGUUGAACGAAUCUUUAAGUCGUCUACGGUUCUCGUUAAAUUGUUACUUGUGUUGCGCGCAUCGUCAUUUUCUGCUUACGAAAAUAAAUACACGAUAAGAAAAUCUCCUCGAAUCUAAUCCUUUCGAUACCAAGUGUUGACACAUCGAAUACAAACCUCCCUGUUACUGCGUUACAUACGCAA